UUGUGGGCGAAGAUUAAAUAUCGCGAUACCUUACGACGUGGCUUUCGUUUGCGCCAGAAGACUUGCUUCAGCGAGUAAACGUUACGCAUCCAGAAAAAGAAAAGCAGAGAUAUUCUCCAGAAGAGAAGAGGAGUUCCCCUUCAUUUUGACAAAGUUUACUCCUUGCACAGGACAUUAACUGACAUUAACUUUUCCCAGUCCUUAAAAAACAAUAGACACUUUUUGUUCCUGCUUCAUUCAUUAUCUUGACUCAACCUGUACCAAAACAUUUUGUAGCCGGAGACGUCAUGUCUCAGAAGUCGCAGUCAGACGGUGGUCAGAAACACUUUGCUGUGGGUCGGGGGCUCCUGGCCGCUGCGGAGACCUUGAAUUUCGGCAUGAAUGAACAGCGACCCAACAGGCAGAUUGGGGGUAUGGCCUCAGGUGUGGGGGUGGGCAAAGGUUUGGAGGGCCAGGACAGCUCCCAGAUAAUCCGGCACGGCAGCAGUAGCAAUCUUGGCAGCACCAUGAAGCUGUUUGCCAGUUUGGGGCUGUCGCCCUCCGACCUGGACGCGCUGGCUAAAAUCCCUGAGGAGGACAUCAGUGUGGAGACGCUGCCUCAGAUCCUCAUGCAGCUCAAGAACCGCAAAGGGGACGCAGGAGAGCGGCGUGUGGCAUCCUCUAUGUCCUCUGACACUGCAUAUCGAGGAGGACGGGACAGUUGGGACGACGUACAAAUGGGGAGGAUGGGCGGCCCUUCUCUGGGUCAGGGUUCAGCCCGGGCCCAGCCCUCUGCAGACUUUGGGUACAGUUCCCUGCAGGACGUCUCCUCCAGCCGGGGCUACAGCUUAAAUUACAGCAGCAGUGGUGGGGGUGGGAGCAGAGAGAGGCCAUAUUCUGAGCUUUCUCACCAUGAUUCCUACAGUGGCCUCGGCUUGGGGCUACCAUCAUCCGAUCCCAUCUUUAUGCAGAGAAGGAUGGGCUCCCCAUCAAACGGAAAAGUCCAAGACUUCUUGGGAGUCAUGCCCCCUAUGUUCCCCCAUGUGUGCUCUCUUUGUGACUUUGACAUUCAUUCCACCAUGGAGUGGACCCAACACAUUAAUGGACUUCGACAUGCUGAAAACAGACGGCUGCUGCUCGACAUGUAUCCAGAGUGGGACCCUGGUAUGGUGUCAGGCAGAGGUGGGGAUCUUCUGGAUGCCCCCAAUUUGGGUGCGGGACUGCUGGGACCUGCCCCCAUGUCUCAGGCAGCAGGAGGGAUGUCCUCCAGCUGGGGAGGAAGUGGAGGUCCUGGCCUGUCAGGAACCAACCAGCCAGGACAGAUUAAGCUGAGAAGCAGAGUUGUUGUGGUGAAGUACGACAGGAAGCCCCUCAGCAACAACACUCUGUUUGCUUUUGCUAAGCCGUUUGGCUGCCUGAUGGAGCACCUUGUCCUCAAGAACAAGGCUUUCUUGGAGAUGAACAGUCACGAGGAGGCUUUGGACAUGGUGAAUUACUACGACCAGCACCCAGCAUCUCUGUAUGGCAAACCCCUCACCUUCUACCUGUCCAAGAGACUGGAGUUCAUUGAGUUUGGCAGCCAGGUGGUUUUCUUCUCUAACCUGCCCAGAGAGAAUGAGAAGAAGAAGGAGCUCCUGACCAUUGCUGAACGUUUCGGCACCGUGGAGAAACACCUCUUCCUAACAGAUCAGGCGUUUGUCCAGCUGGGAAGCCCAAAGGAUGCAGAGAUGCUGGUCAAAUAUUACAGUAUGAACCCACUCACCAUCAAAGGAAGACUGAUCCGCCUCAACAUCUGCACCAAGUACAAGACCCUGAAUGUCAACCGGAGACAGGGUGGGUCUGGUGGAGAUGCUCGAAAUCAAAGGAGCAGUGGAGCAAACACCACCACCACCACCACUACCUCCUCAUGCAGCUCUGGAACCAAGACCACCUCCAGCUCCAAGAGCUCUCUGUCCAAAGCUUCAUCUGGCUCUAGGUUGAAAGAAGAGAACAAAGUGAAGCCUUCAGAGAAACCUGCAGCUGAGGAGGAAGAGGAGGCUUCCAGAGUGAUGAAGGGGGAGAAUGGAGGGGAGGAGGGGAAGAGGAGGGAUGAGCAGGCGACUGACGGAGACGCAGAGGGGGAGGAGCCAGAGAGGACUGAAUCUGUGAUGGAGACAGUGGGGGAGUCUGAAGACGUCCAACGGGAGGAGGAGGAGGUUGCGGAUGGGGUUGAUGUCAGUGAUGAAGCACCUGGACCUGUGGGUGGGGCUGGAGGUGAGGUCCAGCAGGGGGCGGAGUCAGAGGGACAAGCAGAAGCUUCGACUGAGGAGCACAAGAACAAAGAUGAAGCGAAUGCAGAACUUGGAGAGAGUUCAGAGGCAGUGGAGGGAGAGCUGCCUGCAGACAUGUUUGAUGAGAACUUCCUGGAGAACAUGGAGGACUUUGUGACGCUGGAUGAGCUGGCGGAGGACGAGGACGAAGCACACACAGAGUUGGACUCCAUUGACAACACAAGGAAGGGGGGUAUGAGGGUUGUCAACAUUGUCGGCUUCAGGCGAGGCUACAACUUCCUCAACGAGCUGCUGGCACUCGCCAAACCUUUUGGGAAAGUGCUUAAACACCUGGUGCUGGACUUGAGACCUGAGGCGUACCUUCAGUUUGAGACAGAAGAAGAAGCUCGAGCCAUGGCCAAGUUUUACAACAGCAAUGUCACGGCGUCUGUGUGUGGUCGCCCUGUCAGGGUCAAUCACUCCUUGACCUACCCCACCAUCCAGUGCGGCUCCAGCAGGGUGGUGUACAUUGGUCAGAUCCCCAGCAGCAAAUACGCUGAUGACACCAUCCUGAAACUUGCUGAACCAUUCGGGAACAUCAAGAAGUACUUCCUCAACCGCAUUAAGAGAGAGUGCUUCAUCGAGAUGGAGAAGGCUGAGGACGCAGAGAAGAUGGCUGAGGAAUAUAAAGUGAAUCCGCCAAAGUUCAGGCAGCUCAAACACGGACAUCAGUGUCCGAGCAGAGCAAAGAGAGAAAUCAGCAGCACACCAACCAAGUCCUCCAAACACCCUGAAGAACCCCCAGCCAAGAAAUCCAGGGAGGAUAUGUCACUGGAGGAGAAGAGCGAAGAGGAGAAACUGGAGGAGAAGAGAGAGGAGGAGGAAGAGAUGCAGAGCUCUGAUGUGAGGAUGGAGGCUAAGCAAGAGGAAGAAACCUCAGCAGAGAGCAUUAGUGACCAGAACCAGAAUCUGCAGGAGGAGCAGGAGGCAGAGGUGGACCCAUCGACCAACCAGAGUGGACAGGCUGAAGUUCCGCCUCCUUGCGCUGAACCCAAAGUCAGCAUAGCGUCUCUGCCGCUGCCCCCCUAUAACCCCAGCAGCCCCAUUGGUGUUGAACAUGUUAAGAUGGGCUACUACUGCCGUGUGUGCUUCCUGUUUUAUUCCAACGAAGACACGGCCAAGAAAACCCACUGCAGCAGCCAGAUGCACUAUGACAAGCUGCAGACAUACCUGGCGAGGGAAAAGGCUAAAGCAGAGAAGAAGAAAGGGGAGACAACUGUGGUAUAAUAAACUGAUUCAUCCAGCGAG